AGCUCGGCCACUUGUUCUUCUUCCUUCUUCUCCAACUUUCCUGGGAGCUGCGUCUACGUCCAUGUGUUCCGAUCCCAUAUGUUCAUACAUUUUGCUGGCCCUUAAUUUUCAGACCGGCCGGGUGGCCACUUUCGCCUCUCCUUAGUUCUUAUACAUCUCAGUCGUGCUGAUCUGGCACAGAUUUAAAGGGAGAAACUGAGAUUAUUGAGAGGGUUUGGGAAGGAGGGAUCUAUGGAGAUGGGCGCGAAGAAGAGCAGGAGCAGCGAUACUGCAACGGCAGGUAGAAGAAGCAGCACGAGCAACAGCAGCGGCGCUUCGGCGGUGGCGAGGAAGGAGAUCGAGAGGAGGAGGAGGCAGCACAUGAAGAGCCUCUGCGUCAAGCUCGCCUCCCUCAUCCCCAGAGAACACUUCCCCAGAGAUGCUAUGACCCAGGUGGGUAGCUUGAAUGAAGCAGCGGCGUACAUCAAGAAGCUCAAGGAAAGGGUAGACGACCUGCAGCAGAAGAGGAGCUCUGCACAGCUCAUGGCCGCUGCCAUGAGAGGAGGAGGAGGAGGUAGCGCCGCCUCAACAUCGGCGGCGACGGUGAUGAGCGGCGGUGGCGGUGCGAGGUCGGAGGAAGCCGCCGAGGAGGCGCCAGUGGUGGAGGUUCUGCACCGCCAUGACGACGGGUCGAGCCUGGACGUGGUGCUCGUCAGCGGCGUGGAGCGGUCAUUCAAGCUGCACGAGGUGGUCACCGUGCUGGAGGAAGAAGGCGCCGAGAUCAUCAACGCUAACCUCUCCGUCGCCGACCGCAAAGUCUUCCACACCAUCCACUGCCGGGCCUUUAGCCCAAGAAUCGGCAUAGAGGUUUCAAGAGUUUCUGAAAGACUAAGAGCAUUGAUAUGAUAUGGAUUACAUAUUGCAAAAGUAGAAAACCAACGGAGCUCUGUAUCUAUUACCGAACAUUUUUCCAUAUCUACUUCCUCCAUCCCAAAUUGUAAGUCAUUUCAAGAAUCUUGGAGAGUCAAAGUAUCUCAAGUUUGACCAAAUUUAUAUGAUAACAUA